AUGAUUUACUUAGCUCACACCGCUCACUGGCAGUUCCUGGGCCUGACAGUGGGCGCCGUGGCGUGGAUCCUCACCAUGGCCGCCACCGGCCUGAACGAGUGGCGGCUGUGGCGCCUGGACGACCUCUCCGCCGUGACCUCGGGCGUGGCCUGGGUCGGCAUCUGGAGGGCGUGUUUCUACAGCCACGCCUUCGACGGGAUCGAGAACUGCCGCAGCAUCGCCUUCUCGGACCCGUUCACUCCAGUAGAGGUCGCCACCGCUCAGGUGCUGAUGGUUCUGGCGCUGAUCUUCGGCCUGGUGGGGAACGUCUGCGGCGCGGUGGCCAUGAGGAUGGUCUACUUCUCGGUGGAGGAUCGUAGGAACAUGCGGCUGGCGUUCGUGCUGGCGGGGACGAUGUACUUGGUGGCGGGGACGCUCUGUUUGGUUUCGCUGGCGUGGAACAUGAGCUCGGUUCUGAACAACAGCAGCAUAAACUUUCCUCCAGAGUUCCAUCUACCGGCCACUCCGGCGAGUCAGCAGGUCGGAUCGGCCAUCGCCGUGGGCUUCAUCGCCUCCAUACUGAUGCUCGUUAGCGGGCUGCUUUUCCUCUGCUACCGCUACGCCUGGACGGCCUUGAGCCCGGAGGCCCCUAAAGACAACGGGGACCCGAUAUAUGAACAUAUACAGAACGGAGACAACCAGGGGAAAGAUAAUCCUGCAUUUCACAGCGAGGAACUCUCAUGA